GAAAGAAAGAAGAAAGAAAGGGACCCUUUUUAAAUUAGAAAUUGCUCUGUCAAAGGAAAUAAGAACACUGGCAGAACACUGGUUACAUUUGAAACUAGAAAUUUAGUCUUCUGUAAACUCAUGUUUUUGUGUUGAGACUUGAGAUAUAUAAUAAUAGCGUCAUAGAUGUAUAAUAAUAGCCUCAGUGGAAUCGAGGGGAAUCCGGGAAAGAGAAGAAGAAAGGGGAAACGGGAAAGGAAGGGAGAAGGUUCUUUUUUGCCUCAAGACUUCUACUUUUAUGGUCAUUUGCUUUGAAGAUAAGGAUUGAAAGGAUAUCCCAGUUCUUUUUUGCUCAGGUUUGAAUUAGAUUAUAUCCAAGUUCUAUCAUCUGUCCGGCAGCCUUUUUAAAUUACAAAUUACUCUGUCAAUCUAUUAAAUUACAAAUUACAAAUACCCUUUUUAAAGCUGGUUACUAGUGCAAUUCUGAAGUAUGUUAAUUUCUCUUUGGCUGUUUAAGUGAAACUUCCCUUUGCCUGUAUGGCUGUAUGGUGUCUCAUAGGUAUUAUUUUGAACUGGUGAGUGGAAAACGAUUGCUAGGGUUGCAUUUUGACGUAGCUCAGCUGCUCAAGCGUUGAUAAAUGUGGUUCUAUGGGGGGGCCAUCGAAGGGCACGGAUACUAUGCUCACCAUUUGUUCUCUCGCCACAGAGACCUUCGAAUCUGGACUUGAGCUCGAAUAACACUCUAAGACCUCUGUUUGUUUCUGCUUCCACUUCCGCCGUUGCCAGGUUUUAAUCGCUGAGCCGCUUUUUCCGAGCAUACCGAGUCGCAGAAACGUGAUGUGUAACAAAUCAAGAAUGGCUGUUGCUUCGGAGCUCCACAAAAUAUACAUCAAUAUCCAGGAGAUUACACUUGGGACGAUCUUUUCUCCUUAGGAAAAUCUGAAAGAAAUAGCAUUUGGUGGCGUCCGUUUCAGUCAAAUGAUUAAGUAAAAGCCUCUUCUUUCAUCAGGUUCAAUUUACUCUCUCUUAGUCAACAGUGUGACAGCUUGUGAUAAAUAUCUAAGUGUGUGCUUCUUUUAUCAUGUUGUUUAUGCAUGUAUAAACUCUGUUGCAUAUGACAUGAGACAAUGCUCUUGUAAUUUAUGCUUUGUUGAUGACUCAAAGAGUAGAAGGAGAAGCCAAGAAGAACAAGAUGAGAGUUUGGGCAGCUAUCAAUCAAGCUCAAUUUGAUAGUUGUAUUGAAAGAAUAUCUAAAACUACAGCUAUUAAAUGGUUAUUGAGGUGAUUAUGUCGUCCUUAUGCUGAAGUUCGCUGGUGUGGAAAACAAUUGCUAGAUUUGCGUUUUGACGUAGCUCAGCUGCUCAAACGUUGAUAAAUUUGAAAGUAGAUUUUGGAAUUGUGCCCUUCUGUCUAUUACCUUAGGGAUAUCCGUCGUAAGACCCACAAUGUGGGUAUGACUAGGUGGUUCUAUGGGGGUAUACUAUAUAUGACAAAUGAGUGGGAAUUGUGCACACAGACUGAAGUUCAAAGCUUCGCCACAGUUGAAGAAGAUGUUUCCUUAUUUGUAUUAGGGUCUGUAGGGAAGGGGUGCGGGAUGGAAGCAAGAAAUGAGAAGAGGAAAGCUUCAGCUGGCUGUGUACUAGUAAAAGGGAAGUAGGUAACUACCUACUUGUUGUGAUGCUGGAACUGCUAGUGUACUAGAAGAAUCAUGGCACUACCUACUCGUUGGCAAAUGUACUAUAGUGUGAUGUUAUCUGCUUAAUUAUUGAUGUAGUGAUAUUUUAGAAUUAGAAAUUACCAGAUAUGGAAGAAAAGAGAGAACGAAGGAGACAAAGAGAUAUGGGGGUGGGGACCCCUACAUAACAACCCACUUGCUAAUAUUAAAAAACUGGACUUAAAUAUAUUACGUUAUAGUUCUAUUAAUAAUUUAGCUAUCAGGAGUCUUUUAAAGUCUUUUAUCUGAAUCAACCCUUUUCGCCGCUUCUGGAUUAUCGGGUGGAUAUCCCGUGGAUUGAUAAUAUCAUCGUUUUGAAGGUGAUUAUGUCGUCCUUAUGCUGAAGUUCGCUGGUGAGUUGAAAAUGAUUGCUAGAUUUGCGUUUUGACGUAGCUCAGCUGCUCAAACAUUGAUAAAUUUGAAAGUAGAAUUUAGGGGUUGAAGGUGAUUAUGUCGUCCUUAUGCUGAAGUUCGUCGUCUAUUACCUUAGGGAUAUCCAUAGUAAGACCCACAAUGUGGGUAUGACUAGGUGGUUCUAUGGGGGUAUACUAUAUAUUAUAAAUGAGUGGGAAUGAUGCACACAGACUGAAGUUCAAAGCUUCGCCACAGUUGAAGAAGAUGUUUUCUUAUUUGUAUUAGGGGCUGUAGGGAAGGGGGGCGGGAUGGAAGCAAGCAAUGAGAAGAGGAAAGCUUCAGCUGCCUGUGUACUAGUAAAAGGGAAGUAGGUAACUACAUACUUGUUGUAAUGCUGGAACUGCUAGUGUACAAGAAGAAUCAGGGCACUACCUACUCAUAGGCAAAUGUACUAUAGUGUGAUGUUAUCUGCUUAUUUAUUGAUGUAGUGAUAUUUUAGAAUUAUAAAUUACCAGAUAUGGAAGAAGAGAGAGAACAAAUGAGACAAAGAGAUUGGGAGGAGAGAUAUUCUGCAAAUUUUGUCCCUUUCCCCAUGUGCUCUAACCGUAUUUGUAAGAAUGUGGGUGGGGACCCCUACAUAACAACCCACUUGCUAAUAUUAAAAAACUGGAUUUAAAUUUAUUACAUUAUAGCUCUAUUAAUAAUUUAGCUAUCAGGAGUCUUUUAGAGGCCCAACUAAAAUUAACAAGUAAAUCACGACCAUAUAUGACAAUUCUCCCCUCUUGAGAGAAUCCUUGUCCUCAAGGAUUGGUAGGUGGUAUGGAAUUCCCGUAGUUGGCUGAAGUCGAGCAACUGGCAGUGGGUUCUUCCUUUUUUUUCAUGUGACAGAAACAAAGCGGGUGACACACAGUGGGUUUUAUAUUUUGAAGCCAUUUGAAAAAUCAAUGCGUUUUUAUACAUCUUUUCAUAAAAUAACUUUAGGUCCCGUAUAUUUACUUUUCAUUUUAUGUGGCUCAAUAUUAAUUCUUAUCAAUGAGAGUAUAUAUGCUUGAUAAGGUCUGCUUCUUUAAGUAUUAGUUCUUAAGUAUUAAUGAAUUUUUUGCUUACAACAUAUGUACUUGAUUGCAGUAAAAGUUUAACUAAUUAUGCUUCAUAUAAUCAACCUAGAUAGUUUGAACUUAAUAUUAAUUAGAACUGGGGCGCAGUAAAUUACUGCUCAAUUGCAAUACAACAUUUCUCUUCCGAAGUGAUGUUUAAGUCACUCAAUAUAACAUCUCUUGUUCUGGUUUUGAUUUUAGUUUUAAGUUUCGUCAAAAAGAAGUCCUUGAUUUAUAAGUUUCCCAAUUCACUGUUGAUGUGUCCAACAAUUUUAUGUUAUUAUUAAUUUAUUAUUUGUUUUUUCAAAGGUGAUUAUGUCAUUCUUAUGCUGAAGUUUGCUGGUGAGUGGAAAACGAUUGCUAGAUUUGUGUUUUGACGUAGCUCAGCUGCUCAAACGUUGAUAAAUUUGAAGGUAGAAUUUAGAAUUUUGCCCUUCUGUGUAUUACCUUAGGGAUAUCUAUAGUAAGAUGCAAAAUGUGGGUAUGACUAGGUGGUUCUAUGGGGGUAUACUAUAUAUUACAAAUGAGUGGGAAUGCGCUAGGCGCUCUAAGGCGAGCACUUUAUCGCAUCUUACACCCCCAGGCGGUGUGGGUUCCAAGAGACGCACAUUAUACGACGCUUUUUGACGCCUUUUGCGCAUCUGAGAGGCGCGCGCUUCUCACGCCUUAGGGAUGUGUCUUUUGGCGAUUCAGUCUUUCUAGUCUUCUCCCUUCUUCCUGUGUUUGUUUUGCUUCUGAGUUCCGACAUCUGCGGUAGCUGUUUCUUGCUCGCGUAGCAGGGCUCGCAAGUCCUGUUUUCCGCUGCUGUCUUGCGUCGCAGGACUUGCAGAGUAGUCGCAGGUAAGUAUUUACUUCUCUUCUAAUGCGUGUGAUAGUUUAUUAAUUGAAGUACUCCUUAUGUAUUAUUUAUACUCGUAUUUUAUUACCUUGAAAUUGCAGAGUUACUACCUCUGUGGGUCUGUUCUAGAUCAAGCUGAGUAGGGUACCUAAGUAUUAUUUUUGUUUAACAGAUACAUACGUAGUAGUAUGUAAGACAUUUUUUUUUUUCAUAUAACAGUUUAUUAAUUAUGUUUUGAAGUUUUAAGAUUGAGUUUUGUGACAUGACUUUUGGGAAUGAUGCCGUUUAAUUUUUUAUUUCAUGCAACUGUCUUAAUAAAUAUUUGGUUUCUCUUAUGAUGUUUAUUCAGAGUGUUAAAUAGUUUGAAGUAUUUUUUGUGAUGAGUGCUUUAUGUAGAAGACUAGAAUUAGUAUAUACGAUAGUAUAUUCUACCAAAUAUAUAAUGUUAAGAUCCGUGAGGCGCGUGCCUCAUCGCCUUGCGCCUCGUGCCUCGGGUAAAUCUUGAAAACGCCUCAUGCCGCCUCACGCUUUUUAAAACUAAGGUGCACACGGACUGAAGUUCAAAGCUUCGCCACAGUUAAAGAAGAUGUUUCCUUAUUUGUAUUAGGGGUUGUAGGGAAGGGGGCGGGAAGAAAGCAAGGACUGAGAAGAGGAAAGCUUCAGCUGCCUGUGUACUAGUAAAAGGGAAGUAGGUAACUACCUACUUGUUGUGAUUCUGGAACUGCUAGUGUACUAGAAGAAUCAGGGCACUACCCACUCGUUGGCAAAUGUACUAUAGCUAUUGUAGUUGGUUCUCCCCUUGAAUGUUUUUUUAUUGAAACUUUUAUUCUUUAUUGUGGCUUAGAGCCGUUUGCUUCUUUCACUGCUGUUUCAGAUCUGCUAAUAUAUGUCAUUGUUGCAAAUCCCAUUCAUUCUUUACCUCAACCUUUUUUCUUUGUUUCAAAACAUAUAAUAUUUCUUAUACACCUUUUACUUGCAGGAAAAACGCAAUGUGGAGAUGUUGGAUUGCCCCAGCCCCAUAGGACUAGAAGACGGUCUUACCCUAGCGAAUUGCAAUAUUCAGAAAGCCUUCAUUUUCACUUGGUGAUAUAACUUAUUUGCAACUAUGCUUGCGGGCUGCGGCUUGACUCUUUAUGAGGACAUUCUUAGCUGCUGCCGAAUGCGAGACUACUGGGGAUGCUGGUACUUCAGCUAGAAGAGCAAUUCAUAACCCUCUCGAGCAGUUCUUUGAAGCUCAUAGAAGUGUGGAGGAUGAUAAACCUGUUGUGUAUGGUCGGAGUUGGAAGGCAUCUGAGCUUCGUCUCAAGUCCUGGGAUGAUCUUCACAAACUAUGGUAUGUACUUCUCAAGGCUCAACGUCAAAUGCUUAAUGCUCAAAACUUGAGAUUUCCAAAUCCAGAAUGUAUCUCCAAGGUAAGAAAGUCUAUAUGCCGCAUCAAACACGUGCUCACAGAGAGGGUGAUCGAUGAGCCAGAUCCUAGGAGGUGUAGUGAGAGGAAAAGAAUGAUAAAUGCCGUAUGAGAAGAAUGAUAGUUGUGUUAAAAGGAAUGAAUGAGAGAUGCUGUCAUUUGAUCCAGUGGCAGAUGGACAGGUAGUUUACAGUCAUAUAUUUCUGUUUCAAGAAUUUUGUGCUGCCCAGAUGAUUUGUUGGAGCUUUGUUGGAGCUGUGGACGUGCUCUUUUAAACACAUUCUUUGCUAGCUCGUGUAUCUGAAAAUGGAUGAUAUGUUUGAAUCAUGGAAGUUUUUUUUAUUUGCCUGAUGUCAUCCAUCUCCUUGGGUGGCCCGUAGAACAAGAGGCAAACAAUUUUUAGACAAAAAAAUGGAAGCGGUUGGGAGUUGGGGGAUGAUAAAUAAAGCAAAACUUUAUAUGAGUAUGUGUUACUUAAGUUCGGUUCAAAUCGGUUGAAAUUGUUAUUUUUUUUUAAAUAUGUCAAUAUUUAUUAUUUUUUAUUAUAUUUAGUUUUGUACUACGUAUGAAUUAGUACUUCUGAAACUAAUUGAAUCGCAAAUGGUUGAUUACAA